CACAAAACAAACAUGGCGGCCUCCAUGUCUGUUUUCUUGUAUCAACCCGCGCUCGCAAUCAUUUGACAAUUUCAAGCCAUAAAAUGGCUUUCUACAUUAAACCUCCAGGCGGGAUCGAAAAACUGCAAAACCUGGCCGUCUACGGCAAGAAGAGAUUGAGAUUUCUGCAGCAAGUAUUGAGAUGUGACAGCAGCGCAGAUUUCCGCGGGUUGUUGGAUUGUGCGGACACGGCAGAUGAUUCCGAGUGUCUUAUUGAGGGUACAACGAAAGACCGUGUGUCACACUUUCUUCUGAGACUCGCCUGCUGCCAAGACUCAGAGAUGGCUUCGUUUUUUGUGAGAGCGGAAACCGAGCUGUUUUGCCAUCGUUUUGCAAGCAUGAACUUGACUGAACUGGUCCACCUCUUUAAAUCCACUCACUGCUUUUUGUGUCGUCUGUGUCGACAUCACAGCAAAAACAGUAGGCUGUUUGUCGUUCAGAGUGGACAGUCUAGUAGCAGAACUGUCUGCAUUGAUCUGCUUAAGAUCCUGAAAGGAAUGAUAGCUGAUGGGCUGACCUGGGAAGAUGUUGUUAACAGGUACCUGGAAGGGUGUAGGUCAGAGGUCAUACAAGUCCCUUUUGAAUAUGCUUUAUCACUCGUUGCCAGUCGAUCUGUUGUGCUAGAGCGUGGCGUGGCUAUGGUUCCCCCUGCUGACAUCCUAAAGGUUUUGGCCUCGCUGUUUGAGGAGCUGAUCUCUAAUGGCAUGGUAGAUGCACGUCAUUCAGUGCAUGAUGUAGCUGCCAGUGAUGAACGCAUGGUGGAGCUGUUUCGUGAGUUAAGGCACUUGUACUACUCUGGUAGCAGAUUAACGGGGGUUGAUUGGACAUUGGACAGUGGCUCUGUGGCCUUGGAGGAUAUUGAUAAUUUGUCAGGGUGUUUCCCGCCGUGUAUGCAACACUUACAUCGAAUGCUGAGGCAAAAGCAUCGGCUAAGACAUUUCUCAAGGAUCCAGUACACUCUCUUCCUAAAAGUGGUAGGUCUGCCUGUUUCCGAGGCGGUAAAGUUCUGGCGAAGAGAGUACUCCCAACCAAGCUGUCACCAUGGCGACAGUGCCGGAUGCACUCACACCUGGCAACGGGACGGAAGGAGAUACACAUACAGCAUUAGGCAUCUGUAUGGGUUGGAAGGGUCAAGGGUCAACUAUAAGGCACACAGUUGCCGCUCAAUACAGGAGUGCAGCAUAGGACACGGUGAGGAAGGAGGAUGUCCGUUCAGUCACUUUGAUGAUGCGCAUCUUAGAAAUGUGAUGAGUUAUGCAGGCAUCAGAUCGGAGGAAGACACAAGACAAAUCAUUGAUCUUGCCGAGAGAGGAAAAACGCAGGCUGCCUGUCGAGCGUUUUUCAGGAAGUCAGUUGCUGUGAGUUUGGCCCGUCUUUUGAAGUCAAAUGUUUCCGAAGGAAACAGUAGCAGUGACCUCGACAAGAGAGAAGUUGAUGAAAAAGAAGCUGACGCCGAAGACAUUGAUCUUCAACCGUGUAAUGAGAAGAAGCCAAGUGUUGGAAUGGGCGGAGCUGUAGCUUCUACCGCUGAUGAUGGUAGAGAAAAUGCCAAUGUUACAAAACAGUCUGAAAAUCGCGAUGCAUCAGGAUCUCAAUCUCUGAGGGGAUCACAAGCCUCCGAUAGGGUUCCUAGUUGGAAGGAUGCUGAUCUUAGAGAGGACGGGUCGUUCUUUUCUGUCACUAAUGAAACGACCUCCUCAAAAGAUCAGUUGCUGAUGCAUCAAGUUAGGACAGGCAGUGAAGACUACAGUGAUAAACAAAGAGCUGACAGUGAUUUAGCAGGGGAAGGGUCUAUUCCUUCCUCAGGGAAACAUUCAGAUAUCUUGCCCACUCGCCAUCAGCACAUAGAAGUUACCUCUGAAACAGUUACUGGAAACUCAAGAGAUUCUAAAGCAGCUGAAAUAUUUGAAGGAGUCCCGCCUCCAUCUGCCACAAGGACAUCCAACUCGUCAAACAAUCAUCAACCGAUACAUCAAAUUGGUCAACCAAAGACUGAUUCGGGAAGCCGUGGAGACUCGCCUGACGAGACAGCACCUAGCAGCUCAUCUAUCACCAUUCUAAGAGAUGUCCAGAUCCACAAACCAAUUGAUUACUACAGGAGCUACGUUCAGCUCCUAGCGAGCCUCCAGCAACUUGAGGAGUCAAAUCUCUGACGGAAAUCUGAAAAUGUUUAAUGUACGCAAACCACAACUUAGCUCAAGAGGAGAGGAUUGCUUCAAUACUUUACACCUUUUUAGACAAGUCUCCACAUUAGCCUUUUUGAGGUAUUUUGGACACAAUAAGAGAGUGCUAAAUGGUUUGGGUGAAUUUGGGUAAAUACACAAGAGUUUCCCGAAAGCAAAUAGCGCCCCCUAUUGUUUCCACCAUAUAUUAAAACGGCUAGUGCGUGAGCUCACAGCAAUCUGCAAAGAUAGGUGAUAAAAGCGACAUUCAUAAUCCUUUUGCAGUUAUAUAAGAUAAUGUACACAAUUAACUAUUUUAAUAUUUUUACACCGACCAUUUUUAACAAUAACACCGUGCAGCUGUUGUGAAAACGCAAAAACUCAUAACUUUUAACGAAUUUUUGGAGCGUUUUUGUAACUCUUGAAUUGAAUAUACAAUGUAAUGGCUUUUGAUUAAAAGGGCUGCAUGGACUUCAGUAGCUACCAUUAACCAACUGAAAUAUUCCAUUUUAUACAAUAUAAAGCUAGAAGAAUACAAAAAUAAAAUCAACAAUUUCCUUGAUCUGAAAGAUAACCAAACUUCAAACGAAAAAAUAAAAUGUUCACAUUUUUUUCUUCUAAUUUGAGAAUGUUUUACGUUAUUUGUACAUGUACCUGAUUUUUUUUUAGUUUUAUCUUCCUGUUGGCGUCAAAAUCACACAUGCGAUGUUUUAUUAUUAUUGGCAAAAUUAAUACAUUCAGUGAAUAUCACUGAAUAUGAUCCUCUUCCACUAAUUCCUACGAAUUAAAAAUUAUGUCUUGGAAAUGAA